UCUCCCAAGCUCUCCAACCCAUUUCAGAUAACAAGGAUAUGGUAUAUCAGAGAAGAGUGAAGAGACAACACUAAUCCACUCCUCCACAGAACUUCAAUGGCUUCCAUUUGUUACUACUCACUUUCUCUCCCUUCCAUUCCCAAACCACCAAACUCCCAUACAACUCGACCCUUCUCCACAUGUCUCUCCAUCUCCAUCCCAAACCCAUUUCUCCGCUCCAUUCACACAUUCCGGAGCUCCGUAAGCCGGGCCAAUGACUCACCUUCAUCCACCACUGUCCAACAACAAGGAGACGCUCAAAAACCAAGCGAAGAAGACUCCAUGAGCAUUGAUAAUCUUCACAGCUUCUUCAAACUCAACCUGGGCAAGUGGAAAGGUUCUUUCUUUCAAUUUGAUGCUUACGGGAAUUUGUUGCAAAAAGUGAGUACAAAGCUUGCCGUGAGCUCCUAUGGAGAAGAUGAACUCAUUAGUCUCAUUCAGACGUUAUACAUAAAACAGCCUCCAUCAAGCACUUCAAUUUCGGGAUAUGAUGAUGAGCCAGAAUGGGCAGAGUACAAAAUUAAAGAAACCAACAUGUUCACUGUGGACAAAUAUCAACAGAUUGGUUUUUUCCCAAAGGAGAGAGCGUUUGCUUUAAGAUACCAGACAGCUGGCAUGUUAGAGACUGUAUUAAGGCAAGGGGUUCUAGGGGAAGAUGACACUGGUGAAGAAUCGCCAAAAAAUCUUAAGCUUCCAUCUCGUCGUCCCUCUAUUGUAUGCGAGAAUUGCCUCUAUUCACUGGAGAAAGAUAUGCGAGCAAGAGCAUUCCAUAUUAUGGACCCAAAGGGCAUCCUAGAAAUGCUUCUCAUCUUCCUUGAGGAAAGAGGUGAUGGGGUGCCUUUUCCUCCUUCCCUUGACAAUACCACAUUCCAGGGAAACACAAACAGGAUUCUUCCAUAUCUUGGUAAGUGGAAAGGUCACUCUAUCACAAAACGCAGUGGUGUUUAUGGAGCAACAAUUGCUGAAGCUGAUACAGUUUCAUCGCUUGAAAUAAAUGACAAGGGUCAGCUUAUUCAGGAUAUUACUUCAACAUCUACUGGGGGUGAAGUUACCACUAAUGUUCCAUGGACGGGUACCCAGUCAGACAAUUUAGUUAUAUUUGAUGGGGGUUACCAGAUUACACUCUUGCCUGGUGGCAUGUAUAUGGGAUGCCCAUGUGAUGUGGCAAAUAGUGUGGCAGAAUACAAGUCAUUCCAUUUGGAGUUCUGUUGGCUUGAAGCACCUGGCAAGAGACAGAGGCUAGUUCGUACUUAUGAUGUUGAAGGCUUGGCUGUCUCAUCAACUUAUUUUUCUGAGAUUAAAUUGUGAGUAGCCCAAUUUCAUUGUACAUGUACUUUUGAAUUGAAUAGAGAAUGAUCCUUUUACCCAUAUUUGCUCGCAUAUGUUUCAGAAAAAGACCCAAAUGAUGAAUCGAUUUACGCUUGCUUCUAUUA